AUGGUGAAAGACAAAAAGCUUUACAAUUUACUUGGAGUCGAGCCCACAGCCGAUGAAUCGGCACUCAAGAAGGCUUACCGGAAGAUGGCACUGAAAUACCACCCCGACAAGCCUACUGGUGACGAGGAAAAGUUCAAGGAGCUGUCCGAGGCAUUCGACAUUCUUAGUGACAAAGAUAAGCGCGCGAUCUACGACGAAUACGGCUUAGAGGCUGCCCGUUCGGGCCAACCACCCAUGCCCGAAUUCAAUGCCGGCGCCGGCGCCGGAUCAGGUGGAAUGCCAGGCGGAGGCUUUGGAGGCUUCAACGGUGGGACAUUCAAUGGGUUCGGUAACGGCGGUACGUACACGUUCCGCACUAAUGCUGGCGGUGGUGGUGGCCACGCGUUCAAUAUGGAAGACGCUUUCAAUAUUUUCAACCAAUUCGGCAUGGGCGGAAUGGGCGGCAUGGGCGGCAGCAGCCGGGCAGGGCCUGGCGGUGUCUACGAUGACAGCGACGAAGAUGACUACUACCGCUAUGCCGGCGGUAUGCCUGGCGGCAUGCCUGGUGGAAUGCCUGGUGGAAUGCCUGGUAUGAGUUGCAUGGGUGGUGGCGCCAAGCGAAGGGCAGGUACCCGCGCGCUCGAACCUCACGAAGUGAAGCUUCCGGUGUCACUGCGUGAUCUCUAUACGGGAACGACCAAGAAACUGAAGAUUACCCGUCGUACAGCAAGCGGCACCCGUGAACCGACAGUUUUGGAAAUUAAUAUCAAGCCUGGCUGGAAAUCAGGAACCAAGAUCACGUUUGCUGGCAAAGGUGACGUCCAACCUGACGGCUCGGUUCAAGAUGUUGUGUUUAUCGUUGAGGAAAAGCCCGAUCCACACUUUAAACGCGAAGGGAACAAUCUGCAUAUGAAAGUGAACAUUUCAUUCAAGGAGUCUUUGCUUGGAUUCGAGAAAAUCAUCGAGACCAUUGACGGCAAGAAACUCAAGCUGUCAAGAUCCACACCCCUUCGAUCAGGAACUACCGUCUCCUAUCCAGAUCGGGGUAUGCCGCUGAGCAAGGAUCCCAAAAAGCAUGGUGACCUCGUCAUUGAAUAUGUCGUUGACGCUCCCACAUCGCUGACCUCCGCACAAAAGGCAGCAAUUGCAGAUAACUUUUAA